GGGGCGGAGCCUGGUAUUCCCUCCUGCGUCCGGCCGCGCCCGUCCUUCGAGCUGCGGCGAGACUACCGGCCGCCGCCGCCAACUGGAGCUAUCCCCGCGGUGCGCCUACUCCGGUGAAACUGGCCGCACUGCGCUCGGGUGCCGGGUCUCCCAGCCUCCGCCCCGUGCGGGGGCGUCGGGCUCGCGCUUGCGCAGCGCGGGAGGGGAAGGGGCGCGGACCCUUAACUGUCGCGCGCGCUGACCCAGGACCCCGCGACCGGCAGCGUGGAGGCGGGCAGGAUGAGCUUUCCGGCGCUGCAGCCCCACUGAAGAGGAGGCCCAGGAACUGGGGGAGCACAGGCGGCCCGCGCUGCGCGGGGCCAUGGCGUUCCUGUCCGGGCCGCGCCUGCUGGACUGGGCCAGCUCGCCGCCGCACCUGCAGUUCAAUAAGUUCGUGCUGACCGGCUACCGGCCGGCCAGCAGCGGCUCGGGCUGCCUGCGCAGCCUCUUCUACCUACACAACGAGCUGGGCAACAUCUACACACACGGGCUGGCCUUGCUGGGUUUCCUGGUGCUGGUGCCGAUGACCAUGCCCUGGAGUCAGCUGGGCAAGGAUGGCUGGUUGGGGGGCACACACUGUGUGGCCUGCCUGGUCCCCCCUGCAGCCUCUGUGCUGUAUCACCUCUUCAUGUGCCACCAAGGCGGCAGCCCUGUGUAUGCCCGGCUCCUUGCUCUGGAUAUGUGUGGGGUCUGCCUCGUCAACACCCUCGGGGCCCUGCCCAUCAUCCACUGCACCUUGGUCUGCAGGCCUUGGCUGCGCCCAGCUGCCCUGGUGGGCUACACCCUGCUGUCUGCUAUAGCUGGCUGGCGAGCCCUCACUGCUCCUUCCACCAGUGCCCGACUCCGAGCCUUUGGUUGGCAAGCUGGGGCCCGCCUGCUGGUGUUUGGGGCCCGUGGAGUGGGGCUGGGCUCAGGGGCUCCAGGUUCCCUGCGCUGCUAUCUGCGCAUGGAUGCACUGGCACUGCUUGGAGGGCUGGUGAAUGUGGCCCGUCUGCCAGAACGCUGGGGGCCCGGCCGCUUCGACUACUGGGGCAACUCCCACCAGAUCAUGCAUCUGCUCAGCGUGGGCUCCAUCCUCCAGCUGCACGCCGGUGUUGUGCCUGACCUGCUGUGGGCCGCCCGCCACGCCUGUCCCCCGGACUGAGCUGCCUCCUGCCUGCUGUGCCGGCUUGCCCACAGCCUCCUGGAACCAAUAAUGCCACCUCCCUCCUGCUGGUCUGCAAGGGGCUGGCUCCCUGGAUGCUUACAGCUUGAGACUUCCCAGCUGGGAGCCCUUGUCUGUUCAUUCUUCCCUGUGGACUAACCUCUUCUUCCACUCAGGCCCUGGAACUCCAACUUCCCCUCCCUGCCUUCUUCCUCCCGGGUACUGUUGUCAGCUGCAAGGAAACCUUUCCUUCUCUGGACCUCAGUUUACCCUCUGUGACCUAUGAGGGUUGGGCCAGAGAGACUCUGGGGUCAUAUCCUGUCCUGACAGUCGGAGUCCUGCAAAUUUGCCACGCCUGCCAAUCCAGACCCAUCACCCCUGGCAUCCUGCCCUUCACAGGCCCCUGGGCCACUCCCUCUGGCCCCUGCUUCCUGACCUCCAUCUCCCUAUCCUGCAUGCCAGCCCUUCCAGCAGCCAGAAGCCCGUCCCCACCGCCAUCCUUCCAUUUAGACUGGAGUAAGGGUUUGGGGCAGCAAACCCUUUUCCCAAGACCAAGUGGGUACUGGCCCUUUUGCACCAGCUAGAUAAGGGACAUGAGGACAGUGGCUGCUUUUCCCAGUUAACAGAUGGACAUGAAGUGAGUGGCUCUGGACCCAGUCCCCACUGGGAUAAGGAGUCUGCCCCCCACCUUCAGUGCCAUGAUCUGACGGCUCUCUGCCUGCCUGGAACAUGUCCACUCAGGAAAUCUCUAGACUACACAGUGUGUGGUGCCAGUCUGCUGAGCCAAGGCCAUGGGGCCCUGGGCUCUGCAGCAGGGAUGAGCCUCAGCAGGAUCCUCCCAGCGGCCCAAGACCCUUGGCAAAUCAAUAAAGGGACAGGAAAUGCUCUAGUGGCACCAAGCUUGGGUGCUCCCAAGAUUCAAAUACAUUUUAUUAGACACAGUAGAUCCCAGAGGAACCCAGCUUUCCAGGGGAAGGGGCAGGAAAGGAAUAAGAGGUUAAAAGUACAGAGGCUGGGCCUGCAGCUCAGGCUGGGUCCAGUGAGUCCUCAAACAGGCUGAGGAGGUUCCGAGGCUCAAAGGAGGGACAGGAACUAUGAGGGAGCUCUGAGUCCAUGUCACUUAGGUCUAGGGCAUCCCUGCGGGAAGGAAGAAAAGAAAAAUGACACUCAGGAUCCCAGGCCAGCCCUGCCCAGCCCCAACUCCUGGGCCUGCUCACCUUGGCGUGUACCUGCCCCGGGGGGUGGAAGUAUUCCUGGCAGCACGGGCCAGAAUGGCCUCUGGGGAGAGCGAGGGCCUGCAGGAGGGUGGGCAAAACAAGCAAGGAGUUGAGAAGUGUAGGAGACAACCGCCCUCAGGUUCCAGCCCUGAUGAAGGGAUGAGGGCCAUUCAGGGCCACAAAGACGUGGUACACUGUGACAACCUUCAAGACCUCCCACCUGACUGUACCCAAAGAUCACUUCUGUUCAUUUUCAGAAUAUAGGCUUUAGCUAAG